AUGGCUGGAGAGAACAAGGCUUCUACAAGCAAGGUCCCAGUGAAGGGCAAGGGCGGCAAGGGAAGACAGCCCCAGCCUAAAAUCAAGUCGAAUCAGCUCAAGAGGAACAAGGCGAACGAUGAGCUCAAGGAACUCAAGAGCCGGGUCGACAGUUUUGAGCCACCUUCAGAGAUCACACAGUUCACCGAGCUGCCCCUAUCCGACAAAACCCAGAAAGGUCUCAAAAGCAGCCACUUCCUCACCCCUACCCCUAUCCAAUCCCUCUCCAUACCCUCAGCACUCCAAGGCAAAGAUAUCCUCGGGUCCGCCAAGACAGGUUCAGGCAAGACGCUUGCCUUCUUGAUUCCCAUGUUGGAACGGUUAUACCUCGAAAAGUGGGGUCCCAUGGACGGUCUCGGCGCGGUGGUCAUCUCGCCGACGAGAGAACUCGCUGUGCAGACGUUUAACCAGCUGAGGGAUAUCGGCAAAUACCACAACUUUUCGGCGGGUCUUGUUAUCGGUGGAAAGCCCUUGAAAGAAGAGCAGGAGAGGUUGGGGAGGAUGAACAUUCUCAUCGCCACGCCGGGGAGAUUGUUGCAGCACUUGGAUAGUACUGUCGGAUUUGACGCUGCUGGCGUUAAGGUGCUUAUUCUUGAUGAAGCAGACCGACUCCUUGAUCUUGGUUUCCUGCCAGCGCUCCGUGCCAUCGUUGGCCACUUUACCGCCAGCACCCUCCCCAACUCUCGCCCCUCCCGCCAAACCAUGCUCUUCUCCGCCACCCAAUCCUCCGACCUCGCCGCCCUCGCCAAACUCUCCCUCUACCAACCCAUGUACAUCUCCUGCAACAAGCCCGGCGAAGAAGGCGCCGUGCCCGCCAACCUCGAGCAAUUCUACGCCGUCGUCAAUCUCGAGCGCAAGCUCGACGCUUUGUGGGGCUUUGUGAAGAGUCAUUUGAAGAUGAAGGGGAUCGUAUUUGCGACGAGUGGAAAGCAAGUGAGGUUCAUCUUUGAGACGUUCCGCCGCUUGCACCCUGGUCUGCCUCUCAUGCACUUGCACGGCAAACAAAAACAGCCGACACGACUCGACAUCUUCCAUCGCUAUUCCUCCCAAAAGACGGCGCUCCUUAUAUGCACCGACGUCGCAGCCCGAGGUCUCGAUUUCCCCGGUGUCGACUGGGUCAUCCAGCUCGACUGUCCCGAAGACGUCGAUACCUACAUCCACCGUGUAGGGCGUACAGCGCGAUACCAGUCGUCUGGUACUGCGCUCACUUUCCUGUGCCCGAGCGAGGAGGAGGGUAUGAAGGCGAGGUGGGAGGAGAAGCUUUUGGAUGUGAAAAAGAUCAAGAUCAAGGAGAGCAAGAUGGGUGGGUUGAAGCAGUCGAUGCAGAACUUUGCGUUCAAGGAGCCAGAGAUCAAGUAUCUCGGUCAGCGUGCGUUCAUCUCGUAUAUGAAAUCGAUCCACCUGCAAAAAGAUAAGACCAUCUUCCAAAUCGACAAACUUCCUGCCGAUGCGUACGCCGAGUCUAUGGGUCUUCCCGGAGCACCGCAGAUCAAGUUGGGCCCGCAGAAGAAGGCGGAGAAGGUCAUGGGCGGGGACAAGAAGGGUGAGGUUGAAGAAGAGGAAGAAGAAGGAGGUGAAGAGAGUGAUGCAGAGGUGAGGGGUGUUGUGGGGAGUGAUGAAGAGAGUGAGGAUGAGGAAGAAGGUGAAGAGGAUGAGGAGAGCGAGUCUGAAGUUGAGGCCGACAAACCCAAAUCCCAAGCCAUCCGAACCAAAUACGACCGCAUGUUUGAACGCAAAAACCAAGACAUCCUCACCCCUCACUACACCGCCCUCAUCUCCACCGAAGACGACGACAACGACGACGUCUUCACCCUCGCCCGAAAAGACCACCAGCUUUCCGGGGACGAAGGCGAUGAUGUGGAUACGGAAGCGCUCAAGGCUGAACUGAAGAAACCGCUCAUCUCGUCUGAAGAUCUGUCCAAGCGAAAGCUCAAGGCGGCCACGUCGAGGAAGGCGCUCUUGAAAGACAGGCCGGCGCCGGAGAAGGUCAUCUUUGAUGAAGAGACUGGCGAGGCGCGUGACUUCUACAAGUCUGGGAAAGAGGUGGAGCAGGAGGAGAGUAAUGAGGAGAGGAGGAAGGCGUUCUUGGAGAAGGAGAGGGAGAUUAUGAGGAUACAAGACAAGAUUGAUAAGGAGGUGGCGAGAGGGAAGAAGCAGGAGUUGAAGAGGAAGAGGAAGGAUAGGGAGAAGGAGUUGCGUGCUAUCGAAGCCGGCGAGUCGCUUGCUUACAUUGGCGGUGGGAGCGAAGACGGCAGUGAUGCUGAGGGCGGUUCCUAUGGCUCACCAUCGAGAUCACCAUCCCCCGAACGGCGAACCAAGAAGCAGAAGAUGUCUGCGAAGAGAGAUGAGGAUAGUGAUGAGGGAGAUAUGGAGGAUGAGGAGGCUUUGGCGCUUAGGUUGUUGCAGGGCUCAUGA